AGCCUCGGGAUCCGGAAACCUACGUCAUCACUCUGCGCCGCAGCGUGCAGGAAACUGUGAAGGACGCUGGUGAGAGGAGUGGGAUGAAAUCACGACAAAUAUAAAGGUGUGACAGGCGUGGAUGUUGUCAUGAUGGCGGCGGUGACGUGUCUGACUCGAGCCCUGCGCUCCCUGACUCUCUCCCAGCAUGCUCUGCUCUCCUCGCAGACGGGCGCGCAGACUAAACUGGGAGCUCAGGUGUCCAGUACAGCCGUACAGGUGAGAGGCUUUCUCACCACAGCCGCUCUGAGUCAGAACAGGACUCACUGGAAGCAGAUAGAGAAGUACACCGUCAGACCGAUUGGCAUGAAGAAGACGGGAGGCCGAGAUCACUCAGGAAGGAUCCGCACACACGGCAUCGGUGGAGGUCACAAACAGAGAUACCGCAUGGUCGAUUUUCAGCGACUGCGCUACGAAGCGGACAGAGAGGUCAAGCCGUUUGACGAGAAGGUCGUUGAAGUGCGAUACGACCCCUGCAGGUCUGCCAACAUCGCUCUGGUCGCCGGAGGAAACCGUAAACGGUGGAUCAUCGCUACAGAGAACAUGCAGGCCGGAGACAUCAUCAAAACCUCCGGAGUCAUCGGACGCAUGGCAGUUUCGGCCAGUGAGGGCGAUGCGUACCCGCUGGGAGCGCUUCCUGUGGGGACCCUGGUGAACAACCUGGAGAUCCAACCCGGGAAAGGAUCAGAGUACAUCCGAGCUGCAGGUACGAGCGGCGUUCUGCUGCGGAAAGUCAACGGGACCGCCAUCGUUCAGCUUCCUUCAAAGCAGCAGGUUCAGGUGCUGGAGACCUGCAUGGUGACGGUGGGACGGGUGUCAAACAUCGACCACAACAAAAGGAUCAUCGGGAAAGCGGGUCGGAAUCGCUGGCUCGGGAUCCGUCCUUCCAGCGGCCUGUGGCAGAGGAAGGGCGGCUGGGCGGGGCGCAAGAUCAAACCUCUGCCUCGGAUGAAGAAUUACGUCAACCUGCCGUCCAUCUCGGCUUAAGAACACCUGUGUGUGUGUGUGUGGACGCGUUUGGGACUGCAGAUUGUGUUACAUCAUCCUGUGUUCAUGUGUUCGGGCCUCACCAUGACCUCUGACCCCAUGAAUAAAGACGAGCUGUUUGUACAGAAGAUUAAAAACUUUUAUUAAACACAA